UGCUUUUUGUCAGAACACUUCGGAGUUGUCGUCUGUACUGUCGAUAUAUUACAGAGCAAAGUACAGUCAAAGAAGCCAUGAUGAAGAUCAACGUGGAAUUGUUGCCAAUGAAAAGUCAUUACUUUUUGCUGUUUGCAGGUACAGCACCAGUGGUUCCAUUUUUACCUGUGUACGCUCGUCAGCUGGGAAUCCCCAUUGUGGGCAUAAGUUUAAUUUAUGCCGUCCUGCCCUUUAUCGGCCUUUUUGCCAAAACGUGUUCAGGUGCUCUGUCUGACUGCUUUCAUAUUCAUCGCGGAGUGUUCCUGUCUUCCAUUGCUAUCAGUGCAAUUGGAUUUUUUAGUCUCUACUUUUGCCCUCCUUUGCCCUCCGAUGCAAAUGCAAAAUCAAGUAAUUUACUGCUCGACUGCACUGCGCCCACUAGCUACUUGAAGCUCUGUACGAAGAGAGAAAAGUGCGGGAGCAACGAUUUUCUGAGUUCCAUUCAAGACAACCAGACAGUGACUUGCCAGGUGGAGCUUUACGGAGCUCGGGAAAACAUAGAACAAAUAUGUGAAUCUUGGAAUACUUCAUCUAUGUGCCUGGAAGACCGUCUCACCUUCAAAGCUACAACUAAAGUGUCUCACUUUGAUAAAGAAGGCCUGUGUACGUUUUUCCCCGUUAAUACCAUCAAUCUCUAUGGUGAAGAGAUUGUGUAUCCAACGUGUCCGGAUAUAAUUCGUGCAAACAGCAGCGUGCUCUGCGAUGACAAAGGUUUCAUGAACUACAUUGGCACUUCGGGGGUAUCGUACGAGGAAAUGAUCUCGCACUACGAGUUUUGGUUGUACCUCAUAUGCAUCAUUAUUGCUUGGUCUGGGUUUGCCAUCACAGUUGUCAUGUCUGAUACUGUUUGCUUCCAGCUGUUGGGUGCUGCCAGUAAUAAGUACGGUCAGCAGCGUUUGUUUGGCUCCCUGGGAUGGGGAACCUUGGUGAUCAUCACAGGUGGAUUGAUCGAUUAUGCAUCUGAGGGAGAUGCAGAGAAGGACUAUACCCCGGCUUUUGUUCUUUGUGUCGCAGUCUUGUUCAUCGAUCUCUUUGUGGCCUCUCGCCUUCAUAUUGAGGGCAAUGAAAAGCAGAGAGGAACUGCAGGUUCUGUAGUGAGGCUGAUGUGUGAGCCCCGAAUUGUCCUCUUUGUUUUGUGCUGCGUCAUUGUUGGCAUUUCCACUGGAAUUCUUUGGACAUUCCAGCUCAUGUUAGUGGAAGAUGUUGCCUUUGAAUGGAACUGCAACUUCCAAGCCUUGAAGCUCCUGCAGGGUCUUAUUAUGGGUGUCCAGUGUUUUGGUGGAGAAUUACCAUUCUUCUUCCUCUCUGGUUGGUUCAUCAAGAAGCUAGGCCAUGUCCAUAGCAAUGUCUCUGGUUAUUGGUGUGUUUGGCAUCGCUACAUUCUGUAUUACACUGUAACAAACCCUUGGGUUUUCUUGCCCAUCGAACUCAUGAAUGGGUUUACGUUCGGUAUCUUUUACGCCACCAUGACAUCAUACGCAAGCCACAUAGCUCCUCUUGGUACAGAAGCGACAAUGCAGGGCAUUGUUGGUGCAGCUUUUGAAGGAAUUGGUAUUGCUAUUGGUGGCUUUGUUGGAGGUGCUGUCUUUGCAACAGUUGGGGGUUCUAAGAUGUUCCUCUUCACGGGAAUAUUCAACUUAAUUUUUGCAGCCAUCCAUGUAACCCUUCAGAUUCUUCUUGACAGGCUGUGGAUUGGGUCUGUUUCAUCAGAUCCUACAGGUUCGCCCAUCAGGUACGUGCCUCCCAGUGAAAGCAUGAGACCAGUGGCUGCAGAAGAGGAUGAGGAAGGUGCCGGAGAAGCGUUGCAAUGAAGGAGCAACUGAGCUUUGCUGGUUCUUCGUUGUUGGUCGAUAUUUCGGUGCCUAGAGAACAGAAGUGUCGACCACCGUCUUGUGCCGUCCUUGAUGCUUUACCGUUGUGAGGCGUUGAUCUCAUACCCAUGAGGGUACUGUUAAGGUAAUCAGGCUGUUCAUUCCUUCUCUACUCUAGUUUCAUUCUGUAUGGAGAUUGGAUAGAGGUUUACAUAUAGUAUAUAUACUGUAUAUUUUCUAGUUACAGUCCUUAUUAUGUAUACUUUGCUACUAGUAGUGCAAUGCAUGCUAUUAUAUUUGGGUCUUAUAGAAAUGGUUUGUAUUACAGUUGUAUGGUUUUUUUAAUUCUUUUUAUCUUGCUUAGAAAAUAUGUAUACUACUAUGAUUUAUAGUAAGCAACAUAAUGUUGAGGUUGCUGGGGUAACUGUGAAUAACAUUGCUUGCCAGUUUAUGGGCAAGAAUUGAACUGGUUUAAAGUAGUGGUGUGCAUGGGUCUUUUGAAUGUCAGGCUUACAUAGAAAUUUGAGGUUUUAUACAACUUAAUGAUAUUUGCUUAAGGCUACAUUCAACCUAGAAUGGAAGUCAAAUGAUACUAGAUUUGUAAUUUGUAGCUUUAAAAACAUAAGUUGUAAUCCUGUUUUUAUUUUUAACUUCUUUUUUUAAGAAAAAGAACAUUUCAAAAGAUAUCAUUUUAUUUACAAACUUUUUAUCUGAUACAUAUUUUUAUAUUCAUCCAUGCACAAUGUGUAUUCAUAUACAUAUCCUUGUUCUGUUUAGCCUGUCAGUCAUAUAUUUGAUAGAGAAUAAAAUUCUGAAUAAUGCAGUUGCCUUUCCAAGUCAGUCUUUGGGCAUUUGGAAUGUUUGUUCAGAAGUGGUUAUCGUGAAUAAAUGUCCAAGUUUUUCAGUGAAAAGUUUAUUCUUACUUUGUAAUCUUUGAUUGAGCCACUGAAAUUAUACUAAGAAAACCCAACUACAAUAUUGUACGUAUAUGGGUAUUAUAAAGUUUAAUAUUGCCAUUCUCUUUUUCAGUUUUCAAUUUUUUUUUGAGAUUUAUAUAAUGUUUGAGAUAUUAUGCAAAUAAUGAACAUUACAAAAUCACAUUCAGUAUUCACAGUAUUGCUGGUAAACAUAAUCAUUUUCUGAUCUUUUGCUGUCGGCUCACUGGACAAGUUCAAACUGAAGUGUUACAAGUGUAAGACAGUUGUUUUGUAUGUACAAAAUAUAAGAUCUGGCUUGAAAAAAAAUCAUAUUUACAGUAUUAAAUGUUUUAGUGUAAGUUAUAUACAAUUGAUAGUUACUCCGUGACUGUAAAAUGGUCAUAGAGUUUAAGUAAAAAGGUUGCAUUAGGGAAAAAGUGUUGUAGAUUUAUUGACGUUUGUUGAAUUUUGUUAUGAGUGUUCGAUGAAGUACAGUAUAAUAGAUAGACAUUGUUUUCUGUAGAGUAAUUUUUAAUGGUUGAAUAUUCCAUAUACAUACAGCGGUAGUGUGCACUUUCUUGUAGUGAGAGUAACCUAUUUGCUAUGAACUUGUGUAUCUCUUUUAGUUACUAAAGAUUUUUUUUUAUCCUCUUCACAAUUGUAGUCAAGCAGUGAAGUUCCUAUUUAGUUGACACAGUCUGUGGACUUUUCAGUAGUCUAAGUGGUGCCUAUGGAGUUAGUAGGUAGGACAGUGUGUUUGCAGAUCUUAUUCAUAGUCAUAGUUCCAAGGCUCACUGACUUUCCAUUAGUUUAUAGUUAGGUUAGUCUCCAGUACAUUUUACGUAAUGCUUAACUUUCAAUGCAAUAGUCUUUGGGAAUACUUCCACCAUAGUCCUGUUUGUCAGUGUUCAUUUACUGGAUUUUUUUGUGUGGCUUACUGUGCCUGUUUGGAAAAUAUAGUGCACAGUUUUUAGCUCAUGUGAGCUGAAAACUCAAGUAAGCCCUUUUCUCAUCAAAUUUUGUCUAGUAUGUAUGUAGUGUGUAUGUUUGCACGUAUGGUGUACAUAAACUGAAAUUUUCAAGCCACCAAUACUUGGCACAAAACAACCUUGUGUAAAGGGAUUCAAGGUUUUUAAUUAAUUUUUUUUAAUGGUAGCUACUCCCUCAUCAUGGGAGAGAUAUUUAAGGAAUACAUAAAGUAGAUUUGGAUAAUUGAAGAUUGCUGUUUUCUCAUAGAACUUCCAGGUCAGAAAUAACGAAACUUGCACAAUAGCUUCCUGAUGUAACGUAGAUUCAAUUUUGCUUGAAUCAUGGCCUUUGAGACCUUGAUAGGGGUCCAGAUUUAACAAAGGAAUGAAGGAAAAAUGUUAAAAGCGUCUUCAUCAGACAAACAACAGGGCUGCAGCUUGUCAAACUGAUAUACAUUCAUCCUUAUGCAAUGUAGAACUGAGAUUGAUCAAACUAUGGUCAAAGGGGCCAGGAUGGGCCCGCAAUAGGAGGCCACAACCUUACACAUGAAAAAAUGGGAAACGUAUUAGAUCGUAUUCUUGCAAGUGGCUCAGUUGAGCAGUGUGGCAUAAGGACUUCUUGUUUAAAGAUUAUAAUUAUUCUUAUUUUCUAAUAGUGACAGCCUGUGUCUGGUUGUAAAGUCCCAUUGGUCUGGGUUUCAGCUCCUACCCCUCUGUUGUCUAAUGCAAGUUUUGCUUGCUUGGUUUAUAACCAAUUCUUGUGGGUCAUUUAAGUUUUUUUUUUAUGUUAAAGUGAAAGUGUACAAAAUUUGGUGGUACAUAUUCAGCAAUUAGUGAGGAGACAAGUUUUUCAGACCAAGUUGUGGGCUUUUCAUUGUUACUUAUUUUUGAUAGAUUAUACAAUACCUGUUAUGUCUUGUUGCUUGAUAUGAAUUACCUCAUGAAAUAGCAUGUAUUGUAACAAUAAUACUUCAAGGAGAUCUUUCUUGUAGCUUUAAAUACGUAUCCAGUGCUUAGCUGGUCAAGGGCUACAUGAAGCUAAAGUCUUGCUGCCUUUACCACUGAGUAUUAAUCACAUAAUAAUGUUUAUCACAUAGUAAUGUUUAUUGUUGUCUGAGUAUGUUGAGCUGCCACCAAAACAAUCAUCAGUGACAAGUGUCAAACCUCCUUUCCCAUUGAAAAUACACAGAGAUGUAUCUGUUAUGAAAUUUUUAUUUGCUUGUUGUCUUCCAGUAAGUUUUUGGGUGGGGUGGUCAGUUUUCUUCCUGAAAUACUUUAUUGGCAUGAUCAAUUUUUCAAUCUGGGGUCCUUCGUAUGUUGUACAUUGAAAAAAGUCACACCAGACAUUGCAGUGUUUAAAGGUAGCACGACUCUGUUACUUCCCCACACCCAUCCGAAUUGAGGCCACUGUUGUGGCAAGAACCUCAAGGCCAAUAUAAUCAGAUGACGAAUGCAACUUUUUCAAGGCAAGCAUUUUGCCAAUAUUUAAAGUUCAUGUAUAGUAUAAUACAUCAUUCUGACUUUGCCUUGUUUUGUGAUUGGUUCCAGAAAUCAUACUCCAAGUUUUGUUUUCCAAAGCGUAAAUACCCCUGCCAGGAUGGUAUGUGUCCAUGGUAGGACUCAUUUGACUCUUUCUAGAGCCAAAGGAUAAAGAAAGCAGAAAGCAGAAACCAAAGUUUCUAGAAAGAUUAACUCUCUUAAGAGUGCCAUUGUGAUCACGGGCUACUUGGAAGACUCAUUUGUGAACCAGAAAUGUGGAAUUUGGUGAAAUGUUCAAGGACUUGAUUGAUGUUGCAUGAAUCAUCUUUUAAUAAUAAUACUGCAGGUACCUUGGUAUAACCACAUGUCUUUUAUUGAAGCUUUUUUGUAUUUCCUUAUUUUGAUAUUUGUUUAUUUUUGUUUAUAUAUCAUUUUUAAAGCUACUGUUUAAUUCCAAUGGUACUCCAGGUCAAAACAUUGCCUUCUGUGGCAAGUUGUGAACUGCUCACAAAUCUUUCUGAUAAUAAUAAUAAUUAGAGGAAUAUUUUUUUAAUGUUGGGAUUCUGAUCAAAGCAAAUUAAACCCACUUGUUUCUUUGGCAGAAGGGCAAACUUUGAAAUAAAAACAUAUCUUUCUGUUAUGAUUCUUGUUUUUAGGGUCAGUUAUGACCAAACAUUUUUGAAAACUUUCAAAAUUUACUGUCCUCUAGAUAGAGAGCUGUAAUGUUCAAAACUUAGUCUUUGUGUUGUUCAUUGUGUAAUGUGUUAGUUAUCAUGAAAACUAAUUAUUCUUAGAUGCUAAGAGAACUCCUUUCUUAGGGUAAAGUGCUUUGUUAUAGUUGUGCAAGCCAGUGACAUCUCAAAGAAAAGUGUUGAUGCUUUUAAUCCAAAAAGUGCUCUUUGCAAUGCUUUUAAUCACCAAGUGCUCUUAGAGGAGAAGGUCUUAGCCUAGCACUUUUUUCCAAGCCAUAAUGAAGCACUUUGUUAUUGUGGUAAAUUUUGUUAGUAUGACGUCUCGAAUAUUUUUGUGCCGUAAAAAGCAAACACAUUAACAUUCCUUAUUGUAACUCAAAGUACAGUAAAUAGAGGUCUGUUUUUUAGCUUCCUAGUUGAAUUUGUCAUGUUUAUUAACAAAAUAAGUAAAGUUAUGGUCUUGUGAAUUUGGAGUAGAUAUCAGACCAUAUUUUUCAUGUUUACAGAUGCCUAUAUUUAGCUACUGUGUAUAGGGCUGCAUCUCAGAAAAUAGUUUCACUUUCAUGUGAAAGUAUGCCGUUAGGUUUUGCUAGUUAUUUGAGAUCAACUAAUCAUUUGGUUACUUGUUGAUACUUCUAGAAGCUAAGAGUCUUUAGAAUUGCUUGUAUUAAGGACUAUAAAGGGUGUAAAGUACUUUUAAGUUUGUAGUCACAUUAAACUUAUACAAAUAUUAGUCUGUUUCUAGACUAUUCAAGGCAGAGUUUCAUUAGGGGCUGUGUAUUAUGACUGCCUGGUGUUAGUAUCUGAGUGUCAUGCCAUGUCUGUGACCCAAGAUUGAAUUGUAAACACGUCUCAUAUCAGCGUCUUGACUUUAUACCAUACGUUUGACGCGGCAGGAUGUGCUUCAAUGUAUUUUUACCAUCUAGAGGGAGAACAUAAAUGGUGCUUCAAAUGUAGGAAAUAUAGCUUUAUUGAAAUCA